AUGGGCAAUGUCAUUGAUUCCUUUGCUUCAGGAUUCGGAGAAGCCGUUGGAAAAUUAUUCAAUUCUCCACUUGAAUUUCUCUCUGGUAAAUCUUGUAGCUCAGUAUGUGGACCAACAUGGGAUUUAUUUUGCUAUAUUGAAAAUUUUUGUGUUGCUAAUCUAUUGAAGCUGGGUGUGGUAUUUGUUCUAUUAUACAUUGUUUUACUGUUCUGCUAUGUUCUCCAUAAAUUAGGGGUAUUUAAAUGUUUAUGUUACUCUGCUUGCAAAAUUUCAUGGGCUUGUUGCUCUACUUGUUUUCACAUUUGGGAGUAUUCAUGUACUUUCUUAUGUGUUAAACUUCAUAAUGUCAAGAGGAAGAGAAGAAGAAGAAGGGUUAGAAUGAGAAUGAAUCAGAAAGUUUACUCUACAAGUGAAGAAGAUUGCGUUGACGAAAGCCUUUCGUGUGAUUUUCCGACAUUGGAAGUAAGUAGAUCGUUUUCGCAUCGAAGGCGAGACUAUAAAGGCUCGCAUUUAAGAAAGUCUUUGAAGCCGAAACGGGGUCAUGCUCAAGUUGAAAUUAGUAGAGAUCUUAGUUAUAAUAAGAAUAGAAGGAGUCAUAGUAUUAGAGAUCAUAGUUACACAGGUCAUGCUGAUAUUAAGCACACAGGUCAUGAGAUUAAGGUAACACAGACAUCAAAGUUUGCUAGAAAAGGUAUGAGUAAUAGGAAAAAAGUUGUUAGAAGACAGAGGAAAUAG